AUGCACACUGCUCGACUUGAACAGUGCCUCUGGUGCUCCCAUACUGAAGCGGAGUACCUGGUUCCUGUCCCAGACCGGGCCUCAUGUCGUAGACGUAAGCAUCACCACAAGAAGGUGCUGGCUGACCCUGGUCGGCGGCUGGGCCUUGCUCCCAGAAAAAAGGAGAGGAAGCCGAGCCGGUCAUUCGUAGAAGCCCCAUUAUGGCUGCAGAACAAGCAGCGCACUAUCCCUACCCGACCCAAAGCAGGACCGAAACACAAGUCUGAGGUGCUGUGGGGGACCACAAAGAAUACAGAAGACCCGACCUACUUACCUGCAUCCUGGUGCAGUGCCCUCCGAUAUGGAUCUUCGAAGCAGGACUGUGCUCUACCUUUUCGGUGUAUUUAUUGA